AUGCAGCUCCCCACGUCCUUCUUCGCAGGCGCGCUCGGCGCCCUGCUCCUCCCGCAGCAGGUGCUGGCGACCAUCUACCUGUGCGGCGACAGCACCAUGGCGCGCAGCGGCGCCAACGACGGGCAGACGGACGGCUGGGGCAACCACUUUCAAAAGUACACGACCGCGCCGGUGGUGAACAAGGCGAUCGGCGGACGGUCGGCGCGCUCGUAUUGGAACGAGGGGCGGUUCGCCGAGGUGGCGAACCUGGUGCGGGCGGGCGACGUGGUGGUGAUUGAGUUUGGGCACAACGACGGCGGCUCGCCCAACAAGAACGACAAUGGGCGGUCCGACUGCCCCGGCUCCGGGACCGAGGUGUGCUACUCGGACAAGACGGGCGAGGCAGUCUACACCUUUGUGUUUUACUACAUCCAGGCCGCCAAGCUCAUGCUCGCCAAGGGGGCCACGGUGGUGCUCAGCUCCCAGACGCCCAAUAACCUGUGGGAGGGCGGGCAGUACGGCAGCGGCGCGCCCCGGUUCGUGGGCUACGUCGCCACGGCGCAGAGGGCCCUCGCCGACUCGAGGGUCACCCAGGUCGACCACUUCACCGCCACCGCCAGGAUGUACCUCAAGCUCGGCAAUGUCGCCACCAAUGCGCUGUACCCGCGCGACCACACGCACACGAGCGUCAAGGGCGCCGACCUCAACGCUCAGAGCUUCGCCCAAGCCGUUGCACAGGGGCUGAACGGGACCACGAGCUUGAAGAACCUCAUCAUCUCCAACUACCCACGGGUGUACUAA